AUGGCGCGGCCUAAAACUGAAUCUCUGGCUGUGGUGCUAUUGGAGCAGCCCAUCUUCAGUGUGAGAGCUCACGUCUUCCAGAUCGAUCCCGCCACCAAACGCAACUGGCUGCCGGCCAGCAAACAUGCCGUCACCGUGUCCUUCUUCUACGACGCCAGCCGCAGCGUCUACCGCAUCAUCAGCGUGGGCGGGACCAAGGCCAUCAUCAACAGCACCAUCACCCCCAACAUGACUUUCACCAAAACCUCCCAGAAGUUUGGGCAGUGGGCGGACAGCCGGGCCAACACCUUUGCUGAGCAGUUUAAGGAGGUGAAGGAGGCGGCUCGUCUGGCCAGGGAGAAAUCCCAGGAGAGGUUUGAACUGGCCAACCCUGGCCUCAACAUUGCAGCUCCCCAGGAGCUGUCGGAGGAUCGUCACUCUCCGCCGCUGCUGACAGUCAACGGGCCUGGGGAGGAGAAGCUGUUUCGCAGCAAGAGUGCUGAAGUGGAGCUGACGGCCGAGAAGGAGAGGGUCAAGAAGAUGCUGUCAGAAGGGUCCAUGUGUGACAUAAACUUGGAAGCUGAACUGUUCACGCUACAGGACAGCAAUGCCAAGUUGGUGGAGGCGCUGCAGGAGGCCAACAGCAGCGUGGAGCAGUGGAAGAAUCAGCUGGCAGAAUACCAGGAGGAGACGGAUCGCCUCAAAGAUCAGGUGGCGGAGCUGGAGGCCCAGCUGGGGCAUCCUGCCGCUGGUCAGCCUGGCAAAGAGGAGCUGAGUCGGUCACUGGAGGAGCUGGAAGCCCUGCUGAGCGAAAUUCAAAGCCUACAAAGCAAGAAAACAGAUGUAGGUGAGCUGGAAAAGGAGAAAGAGGAGGCUAUGGAAAGACUUCAGGACCUGGAGAGGCGAAACACAGACCUGGAGACCCGCGUCCAGUCGGCUGAAAACACACUGGCCUCCAAGCGGCAAGAGCAGGAGCAGACAGAGGGGGAAGUUCGACGAAUUAUCGAGGAUCUGGACAUCAAAAUCUGUGAUCUGAAGGGCCUGAGAGCGAGCCUGGCAAAGCUGGUGGAUAAGUAG